AUGGUUUAUCUCAAUUUCACCGAUUUCUCCAAGGCCCAUCUUGCAGACCAGUUCUAUCUCGUUGACUCGCCGAUAGGAGCAGGAUAUCGUGCUGCACCAGAGAUAUUUUUCUUUGAGCCUCAAAAUUUAUGGUAUCUCAUCUUCCAGGACGGCAAUUCCGGAUAUUCUACCAACCCGGACAUUGGGAACCCGGCAGGAUGGAGCGCCGUACAGAACUUCUUCACUGACGUACCGGCCACUGUGACAAACAAUUGGGGUCCAAAUGGCGGAUGGCUUGACAUGUGGGUCAUCUGUGAUGCCGACAACUGCCAUCUGUUCUCGUCCGACGACAAUGGCAACCUCUACCGCGCCCAAACGUCCAUAUCUAAUUUCCCCAAUGGUAUGGGAGAGCCUGUCAUCGCAAUGAAUGAUCCCAAUAAAUUUGCACUGUACGAGGCUUCGAACGUUUACAAUUUCGGUACCGGAUAUCUUCUCCUUGUCGAGGCGAUAGGAAGUGAUGGACACAGAUACUUUCGAUCUUGGACAGCGACUGACCUUGCUGGAACUUGGACACCUCUCGCUGACACCGAGGCUAAUCCUUUCGCUCGUGCUAGCAACGUUGUUUUUAAAGAGACGCCAGGUUGGACACAGGACAUCAGUCACGGAGAGAUGAUUCGAGCCAGCCACGACCAAACAUUGACCAUCGACCCGUGCAACCUACAGUACCUAUAUCAAGGAGACGUACCCGGAAAUUAUAGCGAUUACAACUCAAUUCCCUGGCGAUUAGCCUUACUUACCCAGACGAACUCGGCUUGCUGA